UCGAACAUAAAAGAUAGAGAGCGCAGCGCACCGCGGCCCCCCUUCCCUCCCUCCGAUCGCCGCCGCUCGCCCCGUCAACCACCCCGCACCGCCACCCCUCUGCCCGGCCUUCUCCCAGGUGUGACGGAGGAGGAGCCUCGCGCGGGAGGCAGACUUGCGAGCGCACGUCCGUGCGUCGCCCAUGGACCAUAAGGAUGAGCACUCCGCCCACCCCGACCAGGAGGUCGAGGAGGAGGAGGACGAGGAGGCCAAGCGCGCCGUCGUGCUCGGCCCCCAGGUGCCCCUCAAGGACCAGCUCGAGCUCGACAAGGAUGAUGAGAGUCUGAGGAGGUGGAAGGAGCAACUGCUUGGGCAGGUGGACACAGAGCAGCUCGGAGAGACUGCGGAGCCCGAGGUGAAGGUGCUGAACCUGACCAUCCUGUCGCCGGAUCGGCCGGACCUGGUCCUGCCCAUCCCAUUCGUCCCCGACGAGAAGGGCUACGCCUUCGCGCUCAAGGACGGCAGCGCCUACAGCUUCCGCUUCUCGUUCAUCGUCUCCAACAACAUUGUGUCGGGUCUCAAGUACACCAACACCGUCUGGAAGACUGGAGUAAGAGUUGAGAACCAGAAGAUGAUGCUGGGGACAUUCAGUCCCCAGGCAGAGCCCUACACAUAUGAGGGUGAAGAAGAGACCACCCCUGCUGGCAUGUUUGCAAGAGGCUCCUAUUCUGCUAAACUAAAGUUUAUUGAUGAUGAUGGCAAGAACUACUUGGAGAUGAGUUACUACUUUGAGAUUAGGAAGGACUGGCCAGCCGUAUGAUGUGGGAACAAGGCUUCAUUCCAUGUUAGCUCAUAGCUAAGCCAAGGCAGAUUGGCAGAUUGCGCUGUCGCUUCUAGAGACCAUUACAAUUAUUCCCUUACGCCGUCGCCGUCGUUAACCGCCUUUCUUUUAAAGUUUUGUUGUUCCGAGCCUACUUAAUUUCCACUCUCUUUUUUUCUUUUUCUUUUCCGCAUAAUGUUCAUUCAAACUCGCUAUAUAAUCGGUUCUCCCUGGAGAUACUCUGAUGCUACUAUUUAUAUGUACCCGAUCGACUUGUUGCUUGUCUGAAACACACAUUCAUGCUUUGUUC